UUGUGCCCGUUACCGCCAAGUACGAAAACCAAAACAUCGACGUAGUCACAUUCAAAUAGACAGUUCACAAGGAAAAUGCAACAGGAAGGAAUGGAAAACAAAUCUAAAAGAGAAUUGUAUCUGGAAAGAUAUGAGCAGUGGAAAAAGGAAAAGGAAAACUUCAAGUCCACAAAGCCAUUGCGGGAGAAAAAUACUCACACCAAAACACUUCAGAAAAAUAAGGAGAGUGGAUCAACAAGAUCACAGCCAUCACGGACUGCUCCUCAGAAUCAAAUAAAAAACUCGACCUCUGGGUCUAUACAGUCACGGGUGACAAAAUCUGCUGUUUCUAACAGAAAUGUGAAAGAGUCUGAAAAGAAGUCAGAUGCAGUCCAACUCAAACCCGGUGUAAAGAAUGAGACACAGGCUGUUGUCGUGGAUGGGCUAGAUACAGGGGACAGAUCGGAUGGCGUUGUUCAGCAGCUGGAUGAACCCAGUGAAGGUACACAGCCUGACUCGGAUGAACCAACCCUUCCUGCAGCCGUGGACAAUGACCAAGUCACCCAUCCUGAACCUAUUCCCUUGAGAUGUGUGAAGUUGAUCCUCCCAAACCUGUCCACAUCGAGACAAAUGUGCCAAAGAAUCAAGAUCAGCUUACCAUGAGGGACAGACUUUCUCAGUGGAAAAUGGACAGUAAAGACACAGAUAAGACCAAGGCCAUCUCAAGGACGCGGGUGAUGAGAAGACCUCCUGCUAACUCUGCCCCAAAUUCUGUACAGAAGAAGGAUGAGAACUCCAAACUUCACGUGGUUCCCAAACGCUUGGAAAGAAGAGCUACUUUCUCUGUUCAAACCUCCAAACCUGUGCCUGGCACCAGGGUGGGACAGUCCUAUCGUGGAAUGGUCAAGCCAACUCAGGCCAAUGAAACUGCCAAGAAGGUGGCGCCAAAGGUCGCCAAGGUGUCAGUGAGGAAACCCGUCUUAGUGGUAGGUUCAACCAAACAACGGCAACAACCUGGCAACACUAUUAAAAAAACACUUCCACACAACGAUAUUCGUCGUCAAAGUCUUGGCACGAGAAGACGACUGUCGGCAGGCAUGUCCAAGAGACCUGUGGGAAUCUUGAAGAGGAAGUCCUGUGUGCUUGCUAUGGCAGUGAAGUCCGAGACCGAUGUUAAAACUCUCCCUUCAUCCAGGGACCCAGCCAGCUCCUGUGGGCCAGCCCAUGUGAAGUUCCUUAGCCCUUCCCACACACCGUUCAGGAGCAUGCAACAUUCAGGAAGACCCCAGUGAAGACAAAGGAUGCAUGUAGCAGUGACUCAAUGAGACAAAAGUUGAACAUGUGGCUGGAAGCAAAGGGGAAGACUCCCUCCAAGUUCCGACACCUGAUGUGUUUUGACGCAGCUAUGUCGGAGAGGAAGAAACAGGAUUCCCAGUUGAAGAGGUCUAUCACCAUUAAGGAGCUGUCGUUACAGCAAAAGAAGAUGGCCAAAGAAGACAAUGUCUGCCAGAAUCUGACAUCUCUGUUCGAGGCUGCUGCUGUGGAGGACAAGAAGAGAAGACCCAGCCAGGUUGUGGAGAAGGGUGUCCUGGAACAGCUGGACGCCAUACUCCAGGAGUGUCACCAUCUUGUUGAGUCGGGCUGCCCAACGGACACUUUACUUCCCUGGCUACAGAGCAUCUACGACAACAUUCCCCAGGCCCGCCACUACACCCCCUUCUACAGGUGUAAAGUGGACACGGUCAAGCGAGAAGGAAGUCCAGCCGAUAUUGUUGAGGUCAUGGCUCAGGCCAUCAGCAACUCGGCACAGCCUUCGUCUGACCUGGCAGCCCUCAACACAAGCAUAGUCAUGGAGAUGGUGGCCAUGGGGACCAGUCAGGCUGUCAUCAUCGACACAGCAGAACAAGGAGGAACACAGGGGGCAGACAUUACAGGGCAGGACAUGGAGGAGGACAUGGAAACAAAGGAGGACAUGGAAACAAAGGAGGACAAGAACUCACAGGGCGACAAUGAUGGUGUAUUUGAUGAGCUGAGGCAGACAGAACGUGUCCAAUCUGAAGAGCUGGAUGUGGAAGCACCAUUUUCUAUACAGUACUCUGUUGCUAAUGUCACUCCAUUCAAGAAAAGGAAACGUGCCGCUAGUAUCAGCACCCCUCAACUUACUCAGCCUGUUGUGACACCUGUCAGGCGAUCAACUCGCAGAAGUGUUCAAAAUAACGUCACAGACUCCGAGAAGAUUGUCCGAUCAAUCAGUGACCUAUCUGAGCUGGAGAAAUCCAGUGCCCUCUUCAGGCCAAAUCAUGCUCUAGAUGAUGUUCUGGAAAGGUUUACAUAAAUUGUAAGACUGGAACAUUUUAUUGUGCCAAUACUGAUAUCCUUGGUGACCAAAAUGGGGAUCUGCAUGACACAGUGACUGCCAGAUAUGGAUGAAACUUGAGGGAAGAGGAAGACAAACUGUUUGUAAUGACAGAGCCGAUGUGGCCAGUGUCCCCACCAGAACUAUGUGCACACUCCACAGGAGUCACCUCAGUGAAGGCCUACAGAACCAA